GUGCGGAACUCGGGGUUCAACAAGGCCUAUGCUGUCAAUUUCCCAGUUCCAAGGUCUCUUGCCCGGUACCUUACAGCCGCUGACCAACUGCGCCAGCUCACAUUGCAAGAUCCCAAAGUGGCCCGUGACCAGGUGCCCGUCCUCAAGCUUGCGCUCGACUUCCUUGAUUCCGAGCAGAAGCGUACUGGGGUCUGCUCGCAUGCCGUGGAGUGCCUGUGGAAGCUUCUCGGGGACAUCGACAAAACACUGCACGAAAACAGCCUUCGAACGUCCUUCCCAUCCAAUGACGAGUCUGCCAACCGCUACCCUCCCAAAGAAAGGGGCUCAAGGUACACCAACUGGUGGAACUCGGUGGGGCUGCAAGCACCAUGCCUGAUCUGCGGAGCUGACACGUGCUUUGCUGCUGUCAAGCUCGAGGGCUCGAACGUGGGGUGCCUCAAUUGUCUCGAGGACGGCUUUCUAGAGCACGAGGAAAAGGCGGAGAUCCUGGUCUACCCAGAGCUUGAGCGGCUCAGAAAAGCCCUUCAGCUCGUGCACCCUUCACCCUGCGAAAGCUGUUGCCGGGAAGGGCUCGGAGCGUCCGAGGAGGAGCUGGCAGAGUUAAGGAAGGAAGAAGCCCAGGGGAACCUGGUCUACCGGGAUUGUCUAGAGGAGCGGGGUUUUACAGGAGUCCUCAAACUCUCUGCGGAUGGCAAGCUGACGGUUGGUACACGGGAGGUCACCAAGGAGCUGGCAGAACGGGUGUAUGUAGCCGGUGCAGGGGCUGCGGCAGAACGUGCUGAGGCUCAGGGAUUGCUGCCCUUUCGAGGGUUGGUGCCACCACCUGUCUUCAAGCUGUUCCAUGGACGAGAACCUGAGCUCGAGAAGCUGCUUGCGGAAAAGCGGAGGGGGUCGCGGGACACUAAACAGGCUGCAGCGGAUCUCCUCAACCUUCACCACACUAGCCCCUCGACAUCCGGCGUCCCUGCUCCGCCUGCUACGCCCUCCACUCGAACUAGCCCUCCUGUUUCUUCCCCCCCUACAGUCUCCAGCUCUUCUGCAUGGCUCCCUCCAGGCGCUCCCGUAUUGUUUCCCGGCGUAUCCCUCAGCGCCCCGCACAAGGCCGGUAGAGGACUCCCUCCGCCGCUAUCAGCCUCUUCGCUUGGACAUUCGUUCUGGGAAGAGCAACAUCCUGUCCGGGUUGAGAAGAUUUCGGCCGUUCUCCUCCCUUACAUCUCGUCGUCCGACUCGUCGUCCAAGACCACCACGGCGCACGCAAGGGCGCCUAUCAUCGAACUGUAG